GCUUGCGCAUGCGUGCAUGGCCUAUUGGUAAAGAAACGACUUUCGCAAUGUUGUGCAAUGCUGUUGUCGGCUGCAUUGUGCCUCUCGAGAUGAACAUUUCAUCGUUUUACAUAUCUUGCAAUUUCACUUUGUAUCUGAGUACUUGUACCUGAUUUAGGAUGACAUGUAGAAAUUUACAAUUCUUCUUUUUGUGAAUUGUGUGAUCAUCAUUAAAACAUGUCACAAGAAAUUACCAGAGAGGUCGAUGAAGACCAUGAAAAGGAGAAUGAACAGUUCAAACACAGUGAACGACUUGGCAAGAAACUCACUUACCUACUUCGAUAUGGAGCGAAACAGGAAGGACUGUCCGUUUGUCCACAAGGUUAUGUCAAGUUGAAUGACCUUGUCCAAGUUUCCCUUCUUAGAUGGUAUAAGACAGAAGAGGUUCUUCAGGAAAUACAAUCAUCAAAAUCAUUCAAUGGCAAGAGAAGAUAUGAGGAUAAGAAAGAGAAGAACACUGUCUAUGUUAGAGCCAGCUAUAACCGGAGAUUUGAGAGGAAUCCAUAUCAUGAAGAAACCAAGGUUCCGCGUCUCCUUGAGAGUUGCAUGCAGUAUAUAUGUACAAACAUAAAGGACUACUCUCUAGAAGAUUGCCCAGAUGAGUUUCUUGUUAAUGAAUUGCUGCACAGGUUGAAAAGGAAAGGAAAGCUGACCAAUGUAGCCUUGGAGAAUCUUCUUGGUCCAUACAUCGAGACACUGAACUUAGAGGGAGCCCUAAUCACACAGAAAGCACCUAAGAUCAUCACUCAACAAUGUCCCAACCUCCGCAACCUUAACCUUAAGGAUUGUGGGUAUGUCAUCACGGAUCAUGUGCUGACUUUCCUCAUGAAGAGACUUUCAGAUCUCAGGGUUUUAAACCUGUCCAACUGCAAUCACCUGACAGGCAAGUCCUUGCGUACCAUCCCCAAACACCUCCCACACCUUCAGAUCCUCAACCUUACCUGGGUCAAGAGCGUUACCGAGAACGACCUGCUGGCGAUCAUUGAGGGAUGUUACAAUCUGGAGAAGAUUAUGUUUUUUGCUGUCAAGCUUUCACUGUCUGAUGAAGCCUGCAUUAGGAUUGCCAAAGUGUGUGGAGAGAGACCACUCAAGGUUAUGUAUGACAAUAACAGUGUCAGUUGAUCUUCUACUGCAGUAACUAUAUGAGAUGAUGGAAUGGUUUUGGAUACCAAUAACCAUGUAAGUUGAUGGAACAGUUUCGAUGGCUACAUGCAUAUGAGCCAAUGAACCCUUUUCAAGCUAGAACAACUAUCAGCAACUGAGUAUCUAGAAUACUAUUCUUAAAUUUCCAGAGUCUUUGAAAAUGAAGCAGCCUGUUUGUAUUUGCGGUACAGUUAUGCCUGAAUGCAUUUAAUGUAACUCUGAGUUUAUGCAUAGAGUUGAGGGCCAGAAUAGGAGUUUGACAAUUUCUGGUAAGUUCAAAACAUAUUUGAGUCCUUAAUCAUUUUUGUGUAAAUGCAAGUCCAGAGCCACAAAGUGUAAAUGCUAAGAUGCUGCAUUUCAGAAUGCUUUAUAAUAGGGACAUGGCUUGUAAAUGCCUUUUGAGUUUAUGCGAUGUUCCAUUUGACAAUAUGGGUAUGUCAUCCAACUGCAUUGCAAGAUUUAGUUUUUGUUACCUUCUUCCCUGAUAGAAUUGUACUCUCUGAACAUUGUAUAAUAAUGAUAUAAUGGUAUAUUUACCCAGGGUAGCCACUUCAGUUCCGAAAACUGUUCUCCCAGCGGGCCCUGCUAUUAUUACCUUGGCCAAGCUAGGCUACCGAUCCAGGUGCUCACAGCUUUUUGAGGAAUUACUUCUUGCCGGUACCCAUUUACCUCACCUGGGUGGAGUGCAGCACAGAUAAAUUCCUUGCUGAAGGAAACUACGCAUUUGAGCAUUAUGUGUACUAUGUUUAUCUUGAAGUUGAGAAAUGAAUUGGUUGUCUCAUGAUGAAUUUGAGGUAGGAAUGCGUCUUUUUAUCCACUACUGCUGGACUUCAUCAGGCAACCAGCGUAGAUGCUGCUGCUUGCGUGUUUAUCUUUAUAUAAGAUGUAUUAUGUUUACUCUGUUCAUUCAUUAUGCUUUAAUGGUUAAGAAAACUAUUUUAUUUUGUAAUUACCAGAGAGUUAUAAAUUAUGAUUCAUGGGUCAAAUGAGCUGAUAAAUUGAGCCUGUCCUGUUAAAGAUUUAUGUCAUAAUU